CCGCACCCCCGACCUACAACUCCAGUCGGCAAUCAGUAACCAUCUGUACGAAUUCCUGAAUGAGGAGGGGGAGGGUUUGGUUAUCAUAUAUUACACUGGCCACGGCAUCUUAAAGAACAAGAAGACGGAAAAUGGCGACGAUCUUCACUGCUUUUGGGCGGCAAGGAGUACCGGUCGAGAUGUGCCGGAAUUGGACUGGACGACGACUUGAGAUUUAGAUGGAAGCGCCGAUGUGAGAUGCUCGCCGCGGCCGGCAUCACGGAGGAGGCGGGAGCGGGCGAUACUUCCUUCUCCAGGGCGGUGGUGAUGGAGCUGAAAGAACGCACGAACCGCGUGGGCUUCCUGGCCUCAGAGAUACGGACUUCACUUAGCAAUCCAAAGAAGAUGACCAGACUCGGUCUCAAGGCCACACCGCAUCAUGAUCGGAUGUCAAACCCACGCUUCGACUCUAUGCGCCUUGGCCGCUUACGAUCCGAUGCGGACAUCGAGUCGCAGAUUUCGUCGAUUACAAUCGGCGAGAUCAAGGCAUCCACUACUGCUCGAAUGCUGAUCAAGAUCCGCUUUGCCAACCCCUCCGCAGACCUGAUCAAGGAGGAGAUCGAAGCAUGGCUGAGGAAAACACUUCCAUCAAGCAUCGAGGAUAUCGACUUUGCCGCCGUGAGAGAGGCGCAAGUUCAUUCCCUCUUCGAAAGCGAGUCCAGCCUCGCUAUAUUCUCAGUGCCCUUGUGGGUCUGGGACUUGAUUCCUCACUCACCCGCCUGUCAAGCACUGGGAAUUAUCCGAUCUGGAGACCUGCUUAGACCAAUGGUAUCACCACCUAUAGCCGUUCCAGUCCCAACGAUAUCCCGUUGCUCAAGCUUUGUUGCGCCUAUAAACGUGGCAGAAAUGUCAGGGGUCAAGGUCCGUCCUAGUCAUCGAGCGAAAGUCACGGAUAUGUUUUCGCGCCUUGGGCCUCCGAGCAAGGGACUGGACCGGCUUGUAUCUGACGAGCCGCGGCCAAGAGUCCUGUCGAUGCAGGAGUAUCUGGAUGACGAUGUUGAUCGACAAUGUGAACGGAGAUUGAAGAGGCAUCGGCUCGACCGAGAGGUGAUAGAUUUCAAAUCCAAAGCAUAUUUUGCUGUUCCUCGCCGUGUCGAAGCUAUUUCAAGUUAUUAAUUGGUAUCAUUACAUUAUUGUACCUUGCAAUUGCUGUUACAACCAGAUGGGUCGGAAGACCAACUGCUCAGGAAACGCGGGAGCCAUUGCAAACCUCACGGUGACGCUCUCAGACUGAGAGCGCAGAUCGAACUGCUCAGUAAAAAAAGCCUCUCACAUGGUCCGCAGCGUUUCUGGUGAGGAGCCCGUCAU